UCUGGCGGCUGCAGGAUCACACACAGUGUCUUAGGCGCUAAGGGAAGGUGUACAGGAACUUAAAAGGGGAAGGAGGCCAGGUUUGAAAUAGUGUAUUUUCCUACUUCUCUCUCCUUUGCCCCUCCUGCCUUUGAAUACAUGGCAUCGUUUGGAAAGCUCAGCAUCUGAAAGAAGCCUUUGCCGGAAACACUGCUUUUUCUUCAGCGUUGUACUGUUUUGGUUUGUUUCGUUUUUCUUUUCCUUUUUAUUUUUUCCAUCAUCUUUUCCUCUGAGGGCAGGAGGUGAGACAAUGAUCAAGUCAAGCUGGUUCUAUGUCAAGUUCAAGUAUGCAGAGAAGCUCAAGCCAGGCCAGAACAGCUGCAGGGACAGUGACAGUGACAGUGGAGAAUCCAAGGGCUUCCACAGGAGCAGCUCUCGGGAAAGGCUCAGCGAUAGUUCAGCUCCUUCCAGCUUGGGAACAGGCUACUUCCAUCUCUCCGAAGUGUGGACGGAGACACUUCACCUUCAGAGUCUCCGCGUUACUAAUGCAGUUGAACCAUAGUGGGAAGUCUGGUGUCAGAAAACUGAAGGCACUCACCUGUUGGGUUUAACGACCUGGAACUGUUUUCUUACAUACUCUCCCUUGCCCCAGUGUUACUCUAACUUCACAAUUUCCUUUCGUUUAGAGUUUAUGCUCUUAAAGACCUUUUAGUGAACUAGGGUAAAAUGCUGAUC